GUCGGCAAUCAGCAACCCCAAAUAUCUGGACUUAAAAACACCCUCAGAACUAAGAAAAUUCACCCCAAAAUUAUUUUUUCUUAAAAAAAUUUUCACAGAUUCAAUUAUGAAUGAUUUGAUUUGAAGCUGGCGGUGAGUGAAAAUGGCUGCUGCUAUCCUCGCCCUUCACUUUUCCUUCCCCUCUUCAGUCUCCGUCACCACCAAAACCAAACUCUUCUCCUCGGGGUUUAGCUCAGCUCGACGUGGAAAUGGAUUAGUUCCAGUGGCUUGUUCUCAUGCUGCUAUUUCAAGAAAAGGGCAAGGUUCAUAUGAUCCUGAGCUUCGCUUGGUGCUUGAACUGGCCACUGAUUCAGAGUUAUAUGAGCUUGAAAGAAUUCUUUUUGGCCCCAGCUACUUCAGUCCUCUGCUAAAAUCAUUGACGAAUGGUGCUGAUGUGGACCAUGUCAUGAUUGAAGAAGACCUUGAAGAGAGAGAGGGUUUCAUUGCAGCUCUUGAGUCACGAUUUUUAUUUCUUGCUGCUGAUGCACGGUCAACCUUAAGGGGUUGGAGGCCUUCAUAUAGAAAUGUCUUGCUUGCUGUGAGGAAAAAGUUGAACAUUCCUUGCUCAAGCAAAUUGUCGACUGAAGAUCUAGAAGUUGAAAUUUUUCUUCAUCUUUUGCAAGAAUAUGCUAGUGAAGAAUCUGGAGUUUUUCCGGGCUUAUGGGAAAAUUCUAAGGCCAUUGAUAUUCAGAAUACUUUAGAGCUUGGACUCAGUCAGUGGAAGGUGCAAGGCCUUGCUUUUAUGAAGGUUGGGGCAGCAGAGCUCAAGUCAAUGAUCUUGAAGGGUGGUGGUAUGUAUACUUUGGCGAAAGUUUAUGAAUUGCUAGCGAGGAGAUUAUCUGGGAAGGUGUUCUUAGAGGCUGCCAACUAUCAGAUAAAGAAGGAAGUUCUUAAAAAGGGUGGGCAAUUAGCUGCUAUUAAUUUGGAGUCCAGAGCAGCUUUGCUUGCAGCAAAGCAGGGCUUUGCUGGUGCUGCAACAAAAUAUUUGGGUUUUAGGAGUAUGAUGGCAUUUCUUGGCCCAAUAAUGUGGGGAACAUUACUGGCAGAUGUCGUCAUUCAGAUGCUUGGAACUGAUUAUGCUAGAGUGUUGCGAGCUAUUUAUGCAUUUGCUCAGAUCCGUAUUACGCGCACAUAUCGGUUGCCAAUCGACAAUGAUUAAGGAAUCUCAACGACAUCUCUGAGAAGGUUGCAUGUUGAACAUCCUCAAGUAGAAUGAGCACUCUUCAGCUGGUGGCUGGGCUGCAAUGACAUUGGAGUUGGUACUUUAAAUUUGCCAUCAUUUUUGCAGUGUAACAAAAUUGUACCUUCAUGAAUAUAGUACUUGACCUAGUACACCAAUUUAUCUGCCUCUGUAAAUUGAUUUUGAAAUUGGAGU